ACAAGGAUACCCAUGGAUCCCAAGAUUCCAAUUUAACCGACCCCAGUCCUACUAGUGCUCACGGCACCGAAAAGCGUGAGAGGCAUGUCCUACACAAGGAUCCUCCUGCUGGUUAUGGGGCCCCAACGAGCGAAGAUCCUCAGGCCCCUCCAGAAGAGACUGCAGAACCAACCAAGAAGGACUCGACGCCAAGUAUGCUCGCCAAUCCCUUCUCUCCUAAUUCACCGAGUGCCAGCAGUCCAAGCAAGGUCGGCUUCAAAGACAAGAUUAAAGGAGAGAUCAUGAUGGUCCAAGGCAAGCUGACCCGCGAUGAAGGUCUCAAGGAAGCCGGAGAGAAAAUGAAGAAGGUGCCUUUUACCUUAUUCAUGGGUGAUUCUAUAAAAAAAUUGGUCAUUACUGAAUGCUGUCGAAGAAGGAAUGCCGAUGGUGUAGGUGAACGGCCCGGUUCCCCACAGAGUCCACAAAAGUCGAACGACAGGGCCACGGACGGACACGACUCGAAAGCCAUCUAUCCAUUCCUCGUUGCAUACUCUGCAGCUGGUCUAGUGACUGCAUCAACUGUUGCUUGGGUCACUCUUAAGGCUCCCUCGGCUUCUGACCUCUCCCUCGAUCCAGUGUCGAAAUUCUACGCGUUGACCGACGAGGGAAGGUGGACGAUCCUUGGCCCCCUCAUUCCCUUCUUGAUUGUUCCCAUGAUCAUGUUCGUGGACAUGAUGUUUAGGGUCACCAGCUUGGUCAACGCCGGCGUUAAAGCGCAAGCCGCUCAGAGGG